GGCGCAGUAGGCUGGAUGAACGAGUGUGUCAGUGUCGGUACCUACUCUUAAGGAUUUUUGGUCUGUUGUUUUUCUGAUGAACAAGACUCAAGACAGCACAUAUUGUGAAUCAUUGGUUCAAGAAGCAAGGGCUAAGCUUCGCCUAUCAUUCCUAGAGGUCAUAUCUUCUCUGAAAGGCCGUGAGGCAGAGUUCGGACUGCAGGAGGGCGGCGUGGUGCAUGGUCGUCUGGCGGCCUGCGACCGAGACGGACUGCACCUGCACGUGGCCGAGCUGCGCACGCCGCUGGCACACCACGAGCACGCCACGCUGCGUACCGGCGACGUGAUCAGCAUGCGAGUCCGGCUGGCGGCCGGCGACAGUCAGCUCUGAGCCAGGUCCGGCGUGCCAACGCGCCAUGUCCCUGCUGGAGGAUCGGGACGCAGUGCGAUCCGCUCCUGUCGUAUCCGCUCCGUGCUCGUCUAAGGUGUUCGCCGCGCUCGUUGACGGCCAGCACAUCGACUUUGCCGCCGCUGUGUUUGGCGAGACGGACUUUCUGUGCAUCACCGAGUACCAGAAACUGGGCACUAUCGUUCAGGUGGAGAUCGAGUCAUCGAAGGUCGUGGAAGGCCCCAACAAGAUUUACAACACACGAGUACUACUCGGAGAGGACUCGGAGUCGGUCCGAGCCGCCGCCCGCUUCCUCGCCGAACGGCUGGCCACGCGCAAACAGCUGAUCGUGACACUGGCGCUGCGGCAGCUCACGCCGGCGCUGCUGAAGAAGAUCGUUCCCGUGGUGAAGGAGAACAGUCAGGAGACUGGUCGGUAGCAAGAUGGCGGCCGUGUCGCCGGUGCGGUUCGGUCAGGUGGUGGUCGGCCCGCCCGGCUCCGGGAAGACUACCUACUGCGCCGGCAUGGCCGAGCUGCUGCGCGGCACCGGUCGGCCCGUGGCGCUCGUCAACCUGGACCCGGCCAACGAGACGCUGCCGUUCGCGGCCGACCUCGACCUGGCCGAGCUGGUUACCGUGGAGGAUGUGAUGCGCGAGCUGCGGCUGGGCCCCAACGGCGCCCUGCUCUACUGCCUCGAGUACCUGGAGAAGAACAUGGACUGGCUGCUGCAGCGACUCGCCGCCCUAGGAGACAAGUACAUCCUGUUCGACUUCCCCGGACAGGUGGAGCUGUACACCCACAACGCGGCGGUACCGCGCAUUCUCCGCCGGCUGGAGAAGGCCAACUUCCGUCUGACGGCCGUCAACCUGGUGGACUCGCACUACUGCAGCGACCCAGGGAAGUUUGUCUCGGUGCUCCUUUCGACCCUGGCCAUGAUGCUUCACCUGGCUCUGCCGCACAUCAACGUAUUGUCGAAAAUCGAUUUGGCUGAGAAAUUCGGGAAGCUGCACUUCGGCCUGGAUUUUUAUACGGAGGUGAUGGACCUGGAGCGGCUGGCCGAGCUGCUCGACGACGACCCGUUCACACGCCGCUACCGCCGGCUGACGGCCAAGCUGACCGGCCUGGUCGAGGACUACGGCCUCGUGUCGUUCGUGCCGCUCAACGUGUCCGACAAGGCGACCAUGGCGCGUGUGCUGCGCUCUGUCGACAAGGCCAACGGCUACGUAUUCGGUGCCGGCGAGGAGCGCUCCAUACAGACGCUGCUGGCGUGCGCGGUGGGCGCCGAGUUUCAGGACGACGUGGUGGGCGCCGCCGCCGAGCAGUACGUGCCGGCCGGUGGGGACAUGGAGGCAGGGUGAUGGCAGCCGCAGUGAGACAGAGACAUGGAGUCAGAGUGACGGCAGCCGCAGUGAGACAGAGACAUGGAGGCAGAGUGAUGGCCGCCGGGAGACAGAGACAUGAAGGCAGAGUGACGGCAGACGCUGACAGACUGCAUCCGGCGGCUGCCAGGAGACUGAUAGAGACAUGGAGACAGAGUGACGGCACCGGCCGGCCGCCGGUGGUGCUGGGUGCCGGGUGCCGGACCCGCCGAUCAUACUCGGUCGGUCGGGUAGUGACUAGUGAUGCUGAGGUCAGGUCGAUAAGGUGAUCCACCAGCCAGCUAGGGUUAUCUCGUAACGAAGGCCGUGUGGAUUAACUACAGUGUUGCAUUGUCUGUCAAAGACGACACGAUUACGGGCUGUUGUGAUGGUGGAGACGAAUUGGUGAUAAUGUGAUUCUUUGACGCCGUUUUGUAUGCUCUUUAAACAUGGAACCCGCCUUGUGAAAAGUGAUCGAUGCAAUUAUCUCAACACGUUUUGCUCUUGUACUGCAUACUUACGUCCACCAGUCGGCGUUGUAAACACAUGGGAUCUCACUACCGGAGUCCGCAAAUCCUCAGCGAUGUUACGUUCAGGUGUGCUCAAAAUACAUUGAUCAUUUCGCCA